GAGACUUCAGCAGAAAAGCAACUUUGCUCCGCUUGCAGCCACGAAUGUUUUCGACCGUCGACUGUUUCAUCAUCUUCCAUUCUGGAAAUUGGCUCAGAUUUUGGCGUGCACCAUUCUCCUUUUAUCCAUCCACAAAGGCCAAAUUAUGCUCUUUUAACUACAAGUCCAACAUUCUCAGAUGCACCUUCCCGUUCCUCACCACUUUCUAAAGAUAAAUAUGCUUCACAAAAAAAGGUAUCCUGGUGCAGCACUGCUCUUCUACAACUGCGAAGUAUUGAGCCUACUCAGCCAGUGUCCUCACUGCCGCAAUCAAUUGGUUCACCUUGUUAUGCAAAUGAAACUUAUGUAGCAGGUGCUUCUGUUCUCCUCCCGGCUUCCACUGAUGCUGUACAAUCGUAUCUAUGCCCAAUUAGGAUGCUAAGUUACGUGGCUGCGGAUGACAUGUGA